AUGGAUGUAUGGUCUCAUUCAUUUCGACCUUGCUGGUGGAGGAUUUUGUUUGUUUCAAGCAUCUUCCAAGGCUAUUUCAGCUCAAUGCUUGAUUGUCCGCCGACCUGCAGCUGCUCACCUACCGAGAUCUAUUGCAAUAAGUCUGACAGUGGGAAUUUCUUCCCUUUGCUCGCACUGCAAGAUACAGGGAGCAAUGGCAAUAGCAGCAACGACAUUGAAGAUCUAUUUAGGAACAUCACGUCCAUACACAUAGAGAAUUGGACUGGCCUGCAGAUUCUAAAGGAUGUUGACAUGGAGCUUUACACUGGUUUGCAGAAGCUAACAAUCACGAACUGCAAUUUACGUAUGAUCCAACCACGAGCGUUUGCACAGAACCCUCAUCUCCACUACAUAAACCUCUCCAAGAACCCACUGACUACACUCUCAUGGCAGCUCUUCCAGAACCUCCAACUCACUGAGUUGAGGCUGGAGGGCAUUGUGUUUGACUGUGGCUGUGACAUUCGUUGGAUUCAGCUGUGGCAGCAGAGAGGAGAGGCAGGUCUGCACACUCAGCAGCUUUAUUGUAAAAACGGAGCCUACAAAAUCCGUCUCCACGCCAUGAGCAUCGCCCACUGUGACCUGCCAAAUAUCAGUGUGACUCAUGGUAACCUGACAGUGAUGGAAGGAGACAAUGUCACUGUCAGCUGUAAUGGGUCAGGGUCUCCACUGCCUGAGGUGGACUGGCUAGUUAAUGGGCUUCAUUCCAUCAACACUCAUCAAUCAAAUGUGUAUUGGCCUAAUAUCCACUCUAUCAACCUCACACUGGUCAACGUGAGCCGGGAUGACAACGGCUUUGUGCUGACCUGCAUUUCAGAGAAUGUGGUUGGAAUGACCAAUGCAUCCCUUCAGCUGGCCGUGCAAUUUCCACCUGUCAUCCUGAGGCUGGAGGAACCAGAGCGUCGUCAUCACACCUGCAUAGAGUUCACAGUGAGAGGUUUCCCUCAUCCUAUCUUACGCUGGUUCCAUGAAGACCGUGAGAUCCUUCAGAGUGAAUACAUUCGCACUGAGAUGGAGUUCUACCAGGAUUAUCUGGAGGGCUGUCUUACCUUUGAGAACCCUACUCACUAUGACAAUGGAAACUACACGCUGGUGGCCAGUAACUCUCUUGGGACCACCACUAAAACUGUAUAUGGCCAUUUCCUUGAGGCCCCACCCUUUAUUGAGGAAGAAGGGCUUGUGGACUAUGUGGUCCCUACUCAAUAUGACAAUGAACCAAAUGGACCAGAUGAAGACACAUUUGGGAUGUCAAUUGCAGUGGGAUUGGCUGGUUUUGCUUGUGUCAUACUCAUUGUGGUGUUUGUUCUCAUCAACAAGUAUGGCAGACGUACCAAGUUUGGUAUGAAAGGCCCAGUGGCAGUAAUCAGUGGAGAGGAAGACUCUGCUAGUCCUCUUCAUCAUGUUAAUCAUGGCAUCAUCACUCCUUGCACACUAGAUGCUGGACCCGAUGCUGUUGUCAUAGGAAUGAGCCGUAUUCCGGUCAUAGAGAACCCGCAAUAUUUCAGACAUGGACACAACUGCAACAAGUCUGCUACCUAUGUGCAACAUGUAAAGCGGAGGGACAUUAUCCUGAAAAGGGAGCUGGGGGAGGGGGCUUUUGGGAAGGUUUUCCUGGCUGAAUGCUAUAACCUCAGUCCUACCAAGGAUAAGAUGCUAGUAGCUGUCAAGACUCUGAAAGAUCCAACCCCUGCUGCAAGAAAGGAUUUCCAGAGGGAAGCAGAGUUGCUUACCAACCUCCAGCAUGAGCAUAUUGUCAAAUUUUACGGAGUAUGUGUGGAUGGUGAUCCCCUCAUCAUGGUUUUUGAAUACAUGAAGCAUGGCGAUCUCAAUAAGUUUCUAAGAGCCCAUGGUCCAGAUGCCAUAAUUCUGGUGGAUGGCCAGCCUCUCCAGAGCAAUGGGGAACUGGGUUUGUCACAGAUGUUACACAUCGCCUCCCAGAUAGCCUCUGGGAUGGUGUACCUGUCUUCUCAACACUUUGUGCAUCGUGACCUUGCCACUCGCAACUGCCUUGUCGGUAAUGGCCUACUGGUAAAGAUAGGAGACUUUGGGAUGUCACGGGACAUUUAUAGCACAGACUACUACCGGGUGGGUGGACACACAAUGCUGCCCAUUCGCUGGAUGCCCCCAGAGAGUAUCAUGUACAGGAAGUUCAGUACUGAGAGUGAUGUAUGGAGCUUUGGUGUCAUAAUGUGGGAGAUCUUCACUUAUGGAAAACAACCAUGGUUUCAGCUCUCUAAUAAUGAGGUCAUUGAGUGCAUUACACAAGGGCGGGUCCUUGAUAGGCCACGCCUUUGUCCAAAGGAAGUGUAUGACAUCAUGCUAGGCUGCUGGCAAAGGGAGCCGCAGCAACGGCUUCAUAUCAAAGACAUUCAAAAAGCUCUUUAUGCCCUGGGCAAAGCUACACCUGUCUACUUGGACAUCCUUGGCUAG